AUUCAAGUUGUAAACAGUCCCAUAUCUACUAUUACUCUGUCCUCCCCGGUUGCAAAGGUUCAAGUACCAGAUAUACGCUUCUGUUUCGACGGAUGGAAGGCUGGCACCAUUGGUUGUCAAACGGACACGGGGUCAAUCACAGACUGUGCCACAUCUGGAUAUUUUCGUCAGCUCAACAUGACGAAGCAUCGACCAUUCUUCAUUGAUGGGCAGCCCACUAUUACAGGUUGCUACUUAUUCACUGCCCCCCGAUGAAUUUCAGCUCGGUGAUCCCAAGAAACGACAGCAGCAAUCAUCAGCAAUUAGCACCAGCUCCUUUAACGACAACGGGUACCGCAUACAAUUCUUAUUCUACGGUGUCGCAACGAAGGACGAUACGACCAACAACGGAACAACUAUCCUGCCGACUUCCCGUAUCCAUGUCUCAUUGUACACUCGGAAAAGAAAUCCAAAUCUCGCGUACUAUUUCGGAGACACUACACAGCAAAUUACCGAAUCGGAUAUCCAAGUUUGGCUUGAUCAAGAACGCAACAAUCUCCAGACAGCAAAUACAUACACCCUCGACCUCGGUGCCUACUCAUCCAUGACCUACCAGCUGCAAACGCACCUCUGCCUUAAAGACAGAGGCUGGAACAAUAUCGGAUUUGCCCCUAGUUUUAACGAAGUCCCCGAAAUUACGACGCAUAUCGCGCCGGUAUAGCAACCACGCUCCGGGUGGAAAGCUAUGCUAAAAAUGUCUUGGACGUUUAUCCAAGUGAUUACGCUUUGAUUACCAUGCGAGAGCAAAAAAUAUACACGGUCCUGAGCGCGUUAGGGUCAGCAGGUGGUUUGUUGACGCUAUUGUUGGCCUUGGAUACUUUCCUUUUUGGCGUACGACCAAGCUCACCCUGGGGUGUUGUUCAUCGCUGGUCGAUGGGCCAGCACGCGAAUCGCUACUUAUUAGAUUACGGAACCACUUUGGGUUCCUG